AUGGGACACAAGGAGCAUGGAGGGACUUGGCACAUGGAAGCAGCUCAACUGGAUACGCAAAGGAAGAAGGGAGAAGCCAUCUUGAAGACCAGCUCGACCGUCCACUCGACCAACCGGUCGAGUUCCUCAACUCGACCGGCCAAGCUUCAACUCGAUCGAGCUGGAGUCAAAGGAUCAUCCAAGAUUGAAGAUGAGGCCAAGCCAAGAAAGAAGGUGAGAAAACCUAGGUCUGGCCGCAACAUGAAGCUUCUAUUCCCAAAGGAGCUUAUUGAUGAGAAUCUAGAAGGAUUCAAGGAGAAAGUUACAAGAACUCUACAACUUUUUCCUAAGGCAUUUGUGCCAAGGGACAUCCAUGGAGAGAUUGUCUAUCCAGCUGUGAAUCACCCACCAGAUACUCAUUGCAAGGAGAAAAGACUUGGAGGAUCAAAGAUGCCUCUUGUCUCCAUCUUCUCCUGA